GCUGAUCUGCAAGAGAUCGACAAGGAGUUCGUACGAGCCGUGUUCAGCCAGCUUAGAUGCGGUAGCGAGGACUAUGAGUGGGAUAUUUACGCUUUAGCAUUUGAGGCAGCCCUCAAUACCAAAAGUGCUCUGAAGCUCUCGCGGACUUUUUUGUCGACAGCUCGAGAUUCCCUACCGCACUGGGCAGCCCACGCACGUCUCGAGCGCUUGCGCGAGCACGUCGAUGAUGCCCGUAAGGUCUAUCAAACGGUGCCCGUAACCUCUCAGCACACACACACCCAGCCUUUCGUUGGUCAGUUAUGGUGGGAUUGGGCUGAGAUGGAAUGGCUUAGUGGUAACGAAAAUGCGGCACUACGUGUUAUCCAGCGCUCAGUCAAGAUCGAGGGUACGGGUGGUAUGGUAGUUCUUCGUGUAAAACGCAGCCUCGAUGAUACGAUUAGCUGCGCUCACGAGCAGUGGAAGGACCGGGAAGCUUGGAUAAAACUACGAGCCUUUGUCGAGCUGCUUACUUCCUCAUCUCAAGAUGCGGCACUCACGGUCUUAGACUCUCAGCCUGCUGCCAGUGUUAAUGAGAAUCCUGGUCGGAGAGAGAGCAUGAUGGUUGCAUCUCUUAUGCUACUGUACAAUCAUUCAGUCAUACUACGACGUCCUACUCCGACAGCUGUCCUGAGGGAUCGACUACAGAUUGCCGUCGACACUUACUUGGACAAUAGCCUGGUGUUGGGCAUGUUUCUAGAAGCUGAGAAAGGGCACGGUAUCUGGGGUCGCGUACGGGCUCAACUCGGACAAAGCACAGCCAAUGGAGGCCCAAGAGAAAAGAGCAUUUCACGGCGUAUCGCAGAAGUGUGGGUCCCAGGGUGGGAGAAAGUGCGAUGGCAGAGUGAGAUCGAACGGACGAGGAGCGGACUUGCUGCGGCUGCAGAGAGCGAAAGGACUGCAGGAAGCGCUAUUUUGUGGCGCGUCAUUUUGGAAUUUGAGAUUCGGGUCGGGGAGUUGCAAAGGGGGAAGAAGCUGCUUUACAGAGCAGUGAGUGAAUGA